CCAUUCUUGAGGUGGAGAUGGCUGCGGCUGUGGCGGGGCUGCUGCGAGGGGUUCUCUUGCCCCAGGCGGGCCGGCUGCCUGCCCUCCAGACUGUCCGUUAUGGCUCCAAGGCUGUUACCCAUCACCGUCGUGUGAUGCACUUUCAGCGACAGAAGCCGAUCGCUGUGACUGAAUAUAUCCCCCCGACACCAGCCGUCAACUCAACAUGUCUGCCAUCUCCUCCCGGCCCCCCACAGGAGGAGAUGGGCCUCAUCUGGCUUCUCCGCCGGGAGAUAGCAGCAGUUUUCCAGGACAACCAAAUGAUAGCUGUCUGCCAGAAUGUGGCUCUGAGCGCAGAAGACGAGCUUCUUAUGCGACACCAGCUGCGGAAACACAGGAUCCUGAUGAAGGUCUUCCACAACCAGGUCCUGAAUCCCUUCCUGGAGGAUUCCAAGUACCAAAAUCUGCUGCCCCUUUUUGUGGGGCACAACAUGCUGCUGGUCAGUGAAGAGCCCAAGGUCAAGGAGAUGCUAAGGAUCUUAAGGAGUGUGCCAUUCCUGCUGCUGCUAGGUGGAUGCAUCAAUGACAUAGAUGCCAUCCUCAGCAGGCAGGGCUUUAUCAACUACUCCAACCUUCCCAGCGUGCCCCUGGCACAGGGGGAGAUUGUGGGAGGCCUCACCCCACUCAUAGUCCAGACCCACUCCCUGCUCCAGCACCAGCCCCUGCAGUUGACCACCCUAUUGGACCAGUACAUCAGACAGCAAGGCGAGAAGGAUUCUGUCGUGUCAGCCAAUGGGAAGCCAGAUCCUCCUGACCCUGUUCCGGACUUGUACCCAGCCUGUUUAGCCAGCCCUGCCCAUAAAUACACUCUGUCCUAUUAGCUGUGCUGUCCUCCAUGGGAGAUGUGGAAGAACUUGGGGUGGGGGAGUGCGUUUGUCACUGGGCUUUCACUAACAAUGAUAUUGUCAGGUAUAGGGCCACUCGGAGAUGCAGAGGAUUCCGUUU